AUGUCGACCAUUCUUCGGACGCUGCGCAACUUGCGCCGGAUUGGCCUCAAGGUUGGUCGCUGUUUCCGUUCAAUUCCGCCUGUGCUCUCCUUGCUAACCCACCACCCUUUCUCUAGGAUUAUGGCCACCAAAUGCAGGGAGCGAGUGACUGACGCAAGUGCGACGACAGGUGAUACCAAGGCCGGUACCUUGAUUGGCGUCGACCGCUACGGCAACAAGUACUUCGAGAACAUGGAGGAGGAGCUGCCUCUCCGGACACGAUGGGUCGACUACAAGCAGAAGGAAUACGACGCCUCGCAGAUCGAGCCUGGCUGGCACGCCUGGAUCUCGUACAUGGUGGAUGCUCCUCCCACCGCCGAUAAGAUUAUGCAGACCGGCGUUCGCAGCUGGGAGCUCCCUGAGCACCGUCCCAACUUGACCCUCAGCCGUGGUGCUUUCAAGACCUACUCGACCACUCGCCCCAAGUACUCCGCCUGGACCCCUGUCGCGGCUCCCCGCCAGUGA